AUGAACGGUCAAGAAAUCCCACAAGCUGCAAAGCAACAAAACGACGAAGAAAACACAAAACCAACUGCACAAGUCACACCAAUGAAAACUACACCAAAAAGCGAUGUAAGAUAAAUUCUGAUUUCUCAAAAUACGUUUCUCUCUAAAUUCAGGUUCCAAACUAUCAACUUGUACGAACUCUCGAUGGACACAAAAAAUCGAUAGCCUCUGUUAAGUUCUCACCAUGCGGACAAUUUUUGGCGAGUGCUUCAGCUGAUAAAACUGUUCGAAUUUACCAUGUUAACGAUGGGCGAGUCGAGAAAGUGCUUGUGGGACACAAAUUGGGAUUGAAUGAUUUGUCAUGGAGCGCUGACAGUAAAUUCAUUGCGACUGCGUCAGAUGAUAAAAUGUUGAAGGUUGGAAUAUAGCCAGGAAUGUUUUAACGUAAAGAAAUUGGAAGAAUAUUUCAGAUUUUCGAAGUGUCGAACGGAAAAUGUCUCAAAACCCUCAAAGGGCACUCAAAUUAUGUAUUUUGCUGUAAUUUCAAUCCACAAUCAUCUCUCAUCGUGUCUGGCUCAUUUGAUGAACAAAUACGGAUUUGGGAUGUGAAAACUGGAAUAUGUAUUAAAAUUUUGCCAGCACAUUCUGACCCAGUUUCGGCUGUCUCAUUCAAUCGGUGGGUCCAAAAAAAUAUGUACUAGAAAUUAAAUUUCAUGUAUUUUUUCAGCGAUGGAAGUCUAAUUUGUUCUGGAUCAUAUGAUGGUCUCGUUCGUAUUUGGGAUACCGCAAAUGGUCAAUGUGUCAAAACUCUUGUCGACGACGAAAAUCCCCCGGUGGCUUUUGUCAAAUUUUCGCCAAAUGGAAAAUAUAUUCUGGCGUCGAAUCUCGAUAACACUCUAAAAUUGUGGGAUUUUAAUAAGGGAAAAUGCUUGAAGCAAUACAAUGGUCAUGAGAAUACGAAAUUCUGCAUUUUCGCCAAUUUCUCGGUGACUGGAGGCAAAUGGAUUAUCAGCGGGUCUGAAGACAAAAAAGUUUAUAUUUGGAAUUUGCAAACCAAGGAUGUUGUUCAAACAUUGGAAGGGCAUGAGGGUAGGGUUUUUUGGAUAUUUAGGGAAAACUCACAUUUCUCUAUGCAAUUUUUUAAAAAGUUUUGCUUUAAAGUCCACAUACAAAUAGUCAAAAAUGUUACGUUUCAAACAUUUUUGAAAAAGAAUUGAAAUUUAAAACGUUCAUUAAAAAUAUCCCGAACCUAAUCCCAAUCCCAAACCUAAAGAAAGAACGAAAAAAUAAGAGUAUGUGUCAACACCGACAUCCCGCAAACAACAAAUCCUACGCGCAACCUUGACGCCAAAUACCCUGAGAAUCUCUCCAAUGUCGCUUUUCCCUUGGAGAAUACUAGUUUCAAAAAAAAUUGAAUUGAAAAAAAUCCGAACCUGUUCUCAAAAAAUCAAUAAUUUGCUGUUUUUCCCAGGUGUUGUGGUUGCAAAUGAUUGUCAUCCAGCCGAAAAUAUGAUUGCAUCCGGUGGUCUCGAACCUGAUACUUCGAUUAGAAUCUGGAAAUCCGAUGUUUAA